CAAAGGAAGAAAAGGAGGAUUGAAUGUGAACAGAACAGAGGGAGUUAGGCAGUUUAUUCUUUUCAACAUUAUUUAAUUUGAUGUUUACUAGUGAUAAACUAAGAGAUUUACAACACCUGAGUAGCUCAGAGGUGUAAAGUCAAAGUUUUUUUCCUGAUGUCUUUAGAAGACAAACCAACUCAGCCCUAAAGCACAGUCAGUCAUGAAGUCCUGCAGUUCUGCUCUCUGUGUCCUGAUCUUACUGACCACUACUGGUAAAGGGUCUGUAUCAGCUGGUGCUCCAGUGAAGUUUAAUGUUCAUGACUCUGCUACUCUACCCUGCUCUGAGAGAUGUGCUGGUUUGGUCAGGUGGACUGUGUUCCAUAAACCCACUGAUGUUCUGGCUGAGUGUGAUCAGACUUCAUGUAGAUCAGUGAAGGAGGGAUAUCAGAUGAGCCAUGAUCAGUACCUGAAGGGAGAUCUCUCUCUCACCAUCACUGACGUUGAUUUCACUAAGAGAGGCUGGUACACGAGUGACUGUGAUGGUAAAGACGUCUGUGAUUUUCAGCUUCUGAUUGAACCAUUAAACACCACAGUUCAAAUAGAGCCUGGAGAGUCUUUGGUGCUGGAAUUGGACAUAUCAGAUCCAGUGGAGGUCCUUUAUAACAGCACAGAUGCAGCUGGACCAUCCAGUCUUCAGAUCUGUACAGUGAAUGGACACUCAGCACAAUGUAAAGAAGAAUAUAAAGAAAGAGUGUCGGCUGCUCUUGAGCUGAGAGGACUGACUCCAUCUGAUAGUGGAGUUUAUACUGUAAUGGACGAAAGGACAGAUGAGGUCAUUCACACCUACACAGUGACCGUGGGGUCUGCAGGUGACCACCCGGAUGUGCAUAAGGGAGCUGCUGUACCAGCGUGGAGUUUUACCCUGAUUACUGUUCUCCUAGUCAUGUGUGCAGUAUCAGUGGUGGUGAUUGUGCGGCUGAAGAGAGAAAUUCAGCAGCUCCAGAUGAAAGAUUUAAAAAAUGGACAAAGUGACCCCAGUCCAGAAACAUAGAGACUGUUACCCCCAAUAAUGUCCAGGGGGUCUCAGAGACCACUAAUCAGUACCUGUGUGAAAAAUCCAGCUGUCCAUUUCUCUGUUUAACUCUUGAAUCGUUUCUGUAAUUGAUGUGCUUUACUAACGUAAAGACUCUUUUCUGCUGCUAUUGAAUUUAGUUCUGAAAGCUCACUUUGAUUCCUGAGUACUGGUUACCUGUAGAACAUUAUUAGAGCAGUUCUGAAACUUGCAGACCAAAAUAUCAGACAGCACUGCUACAAAAAAAUAUAAGUGUUUUGUGCUUUUACUCCAGUGCUUCUGUGGGAGAUUCAGUUGUGUGAACGGACAUCUCCUCAACAGAAGGGGCAGUGCUGGCUUUUACCAAGUUAUUUUGGCUUUUAUGAUGAGUUACCCCCGCACUCAGAGGGACUGAAGGCCUUUCAGUCAUGAUGAUAAGAAUUACAAGAAAUUUCUCAGGUCUAGAGUAAUAACAUACUUGCUGUAACUCAGUUUACCUCUUAGUCGUAACCUGCUCAGAUAUGUCCUCCUCCUCCUAAAGUAGCUUUUUCAUUCUUGUCUUCGUAACACAAGCUUGCAAAUGAGUACAAUGUCCCAAAAAUACACAAUACAAUCCUAAUUGUUGUAUGUAUCUCAGUUAGACCACAUACAUUGUUAAAUUGAUAUAUCUCAUUCCUCUGAUUUAGCAGUCUAGUUGUGUUUUUGGUAGGCCCUAACAUUAGUAUUAGCAUUACCCUUCUGCUCUGUGAUUGUCUUGCUGUAAAAUGUGUGGAGACAGACUCAUGAAUGCUCAUGUCCACCUACCGUAACUGAGAACAGUUGCAAAACAUCUUGAUUAUGGAAGCCAUUCAUAGAAAGACGCUGGUGUAUUGUGGGAAACGUGUUAAUAUAUGAAACUGUAUAGCUUACAGACUGACUUUAUUCCAGCGAUUAGAGUGUGUUUUGUGUCUGUAGGUCAGUCAGUCUUGCAACUCUGUUUAAUAUGCUUUCUUUCUUUCACUUGAAAAAGUUUUUUCUUCUAACCAUAUUGUAGCAAUUAUUAAAAGUGUUGCAUUUUCAGGUCA